CAAGCCACCAUUUUGAAUCUAGUAACUUUUCUAGUAACUUUCAACGAUAACCGCUAGAAUAAUGUAAAAGUUUUCUCGGUAUCGUGUUUAUUUGGUAGUAUUUUAUCACAAAACGUCCGAAAAUGCGGCCAAACAUUCGCGUGGAAAUCCAAAAUAACCUCGUCGAGGGCAUGGAAGUGGACGACAACGAGGAGGGCGAGAUCUCCGACAGCGACUCCAAGGGGGCCCUAGCCCAACAAACGGGCCCGCUGCAGCCAAACGAACGGCUCCUGGAGAAGUCGGGCCUUCUGGACAAGAAGGAGAAGCUGCAAGAGCGCGCUCGUCGCUUCUGCUUGAACCCGGAAGAGAUAAAGAAUUUCACCGACGACGACUUGCACUUGCUUCACUCUAGUUUGGGCAUAAAUGCCACAAAUGAGUCAAACGUGAGGUUUGAGGUAAUCCAUUUGCGAGGCAUCGGCCAAAUGACCGCGGGCGAUAUUUUAGAUUAUUUUCUGGAAUAUGCCCCAGUUUCCGUCGAAUGGAUAGACGAGGAGUGCUGUAACGUCGUCUGGGGCGAUAAAAUCGCCGCCGCAAGGGCACUGCAUUUCAUGUCCAAGCCGGUCAGAGGCAUGCCCGUGCGGGACGACACCAGUUAUUUCGACAACUUGAACGAGAGUGAAGACGACCAAAGCAUCCUCAUUUUGAACAAAAACCGCGAAAUACAGCUACAAGAAGAAAUCGAGGAAAAUCCCUUGAGCAAGUUGCUGAACGGCGCGAAUUCAGUCGACAUUUCCGAAAUUACCUCGACCAUACCUCCGGGUUACUGGCGUUUGGGCAAAAAACACCCCAACUUCAAGUGCAUCCUAAUGAGGUUCGCCCUAAUCAGCGACAAAAAACCCUUCAAGUCGGAACAAUUCGCUCGUUACUACAAAAACCAGGGGAAAAAGCCCCUAAAAGGCGGCACCAGUGGCAUUUUCGGCCGCAACAAAGACAUGAAAACCUGCGACGAAAACCCCUGGUCAGUCCUCGCCAAAAACUGGGACGAGGACUCGGCAUUUCGCGAAAAAGAGCGAACCGAACCGAAAGUCGAAGUUAGAAACGAAAGUCUCCGAGUGCGCCUCGGCACCAAACGGGUAAAAGACGAAGAUGGCGGCGAACCGGUGAAGAAGACGAAGAUUCCACGCAUGCGCAUGUACGCCGACGAGGAGGAAGAGAAGAUGAAGCGGAAGCAAAUGCUGAAACGGAUCAAUACACAGAUUCGGAAGAUUGACGAAGAUAAAUCGUCGAAUUCCGACUUGAGGGCGGUUUUGAAUAUGGCGAACCGGACGCACGCCAAGUUGGAUAAAACCGAACCGGAAGUGUUCGAUUUGGGGACGCGGUUGAAGAACCGGAGCAAGAAAAUGGUUUUUGAGAUUAAAACCGAACCGGCGGUUAAACCGCGACGGAGGAGACAGUCGCCGCAAAGCGAGGAGGAGGAGGAGGAGUUUGAUGAUUAUAGGCAUGAUAAACCGAAAAGUAAGGUGGCUGUGGUUAUUAAAACGCAGAAGAAACCGGCUGUUGCCUCGGCUGUCGCCUGGUCAAGGGUUAGUGGGAGUGAGGAGGAGGAGGAGUCCGAAAAUGAGCGGGAGACUGUCUACAAGAGUCCGUUGAAGAUUGAAAUCAAUAACGACCACUUUAAGAGGAAAUAAUUUACUUUUUUAAUUUAUUUUAUUUACUGUAAUUGUGAGGUUUUUUAAAUUCUUGUAUGUAUAUAAGUGAAGGAUUUCGAUAUUAAAACUACAAAAACGCACUUAUCUAUUUAUUUGUUUGAGUGUCGUACUGUCGUCAUUCUAUUUUUCCUCAUAGUUAUAAAUAGUCAGCCUCUUCGAGACACUUGAAACCACUCACAGUUUAAGUGACUGAUGGCACUUGACUGUUUAUUGAAAAAACAAACAUUUGCAUAUGCAUUACGUCCCUCGGUGUUGCUCGUGUUGUAAAAAAUCACUAAUCGCGACUUUAGCCUAUUGUUAUUUAUUAUUUGGUGAGAUUUGCGUUAAUUUAAUUUUCAAAAUGACUGAACUUUGGAACUACGAAAAAUUGGCGUAAAUUUUUGAAUCGUAACCAGCCAUUUUUAAAUUCUCAAACUGAGUAAAACGUACCCAAGUUGUUAGUACUUAUCUGUCACGUAAAUUUUUAUCGAAAAUUUCAAUUGCAGUAGUCUAUUAAAAAAAUCACAGCUCUUGAACAUUUUAUGAUAAGUGAAUAAUUUUGGUGCAUUUCGUAAUUUCAUUUCGCUUAACCAAAGGUCGGUAUUCUCGACCGAAUUACAGUGAAAUCUCCAAUAAGCGGACACCGACGUGACACGUUUUUUGUCCGGUUAAUGGAGCUGUCCUCUUAAGAGAAAUAUAGACAUAUAAAUUAAUUUAUUUAAGAGUUCGGAGCAUGAUACUAUUUGGUACAAUAACAGAAUAACUAUUCUUUGAAAAAAAUUUUUUUUUUCUUCAGAAUGUUCUACAUCUUGUUCAUCAAUAUUCGCAGGUUCUUAAAAUUAAGAUCAGAAAAAAUUAAUCAUUAUUUGUUUAAGCGUCACUGUGUUUUUCUUCAAAGCGUACAAAGUCGUUCGGUCCUCAUAAUGAAUAUAAAUAGAAUCAGACUCUUCGACACACUCGAAAGCACUCUAGAUUUAAGUAAUUGAUGGUGUUUGAUAAUGUUUGUUGAGUGAACUUUAAUGAGAGCAAGAAAUAUUUAUUUGCAUAUGAGUUUAUGUCACUCGCUGUGUUUGUUCGUGCUGUAAAAACACAAUAAAAGGAAAGCAAUAAGCGAAUAAUGUUUUUAAAUUCUUGUAUGUGUAGGAAAAUUUAUAAAUAGAAGAGUUCGCUAUUAAAAUUUACAAAAAUUUAUUAUUUUCGACCAAAUUAGUCGGAAUAAAUGAAAAACAAUUUGUUGGCAUCGUCGCUCUUUUUGCUCUUUUCGCCCGUAACCAUCGUCUCGACGUAGAUAUCAGAAUGGACAAAAACAGCCGUGUAACCAACGAUCACAUUCCACGACCCGUUGUGUUUCUCCUCAAAGAGGGCUGCGUACAAAGUGGCUCGAUCCUCGUCAUUGUCAUAAAUCGAAUAAGCUUCUUCCAAACACUCGACAGCACUCACAAUGUAAGUGACCGACGGCACUUGAGUGUUGUUUGUCGCUUGAACCUACACAAAAAAUUAACUCACUCGGUACGCUCGUGUCGUAAAACUUACAGCAAUAGUCGCUUUGGGCUUCUUCUCUUCGCCGACUGUCCCCCCAAGCACUAGAGCGCCAAACGCUACGAAACAACAAACUGUGACAAAAACUCGAGCCAUGACUGCCUUCUACUAUUUUUUCGCGACCGGGUCCCCAAUAUAUACCCACGAACAAGUCAACAAGUACAAGUGUUUGUUGACCCAAACUUUUCCGAUUUCGUGUGUUUGAGGGUUUUAUCAGAUUGUGUGAAUUCCUUAAGUACAAACCGAUCGUAAAUAAUUGUUUUUUAACCUAUUUACUUAUUACUAAAGUUCGAAGAAAUGUUAUCAGUACGAGAGCUUUCACGUAGAAUCGAGUGACCUGAGAUUAAAACACGUGCCGUUUGGAUGUAAGUCCGUUCAAAUUCUUUGGCAGGGCGUUGCUAGGGCAACCAAAAUCACAAGAAUUCGAAGCCAACUCCGUUACUACCGAUUUUUCCGAUCGGAGACGUCAAUUGGGUCAAUUUUUCCGAGUAUCUUUCUCACGAUUACAAACACUUGAGAUUGUUUACCCCUCUGUAUAUAAGCACCCGAAACUUGACUUUCUCAUUAGAUAGCUCCAAAAUGUCGACUUUUGUUGUUCUUGCCCUGUGCGUGCUCGCAGCGAGUGCCAAAGUCUUGCCCAAGGGCGACACUCCCGCCGAAGUUGUUAUUCAUGCCACUAAUGUGACCCAAGUCCCUUCGAUCCACUACAUUGUGGACGCUGUCGAGUGCCUGAAAGAGGCCUAUGCUGUCUAUUCGGACCCUCUGGACAAAGCCAAAAUGUACUCUGAACUGUUCCAAGAGAAGCACAACGAGUCGGAGUGGAACGUGGCCGUGGGCUACACUGCCGUCCACAUCAAGUCGCAGUGGUACGUGGAGACCACGGUCUCAGAAGGCGGCAAGAACAAGGAGAAGAAGGAUUCGAAGAAAGACACCAAAUACCUCAUUUUCUCAAGAGUGUAAUGAGCAAUAAAAAUAAAAUCUCCUUUUAUUAA